GAGUAUUGAUCUAAUCACAAAUGCAUUUGAUGGUGCAAUAUUACCAAACGGCACGGUAUUGCAGUACAAAAAUUUCAUUAAUUGUUCAAAAUGGCUAUUGAAUGGUACAAGAAUAACAAAUUGUUCUUAUUUCGGACGUGAUAGUAUUACACAAACAGUUAGUAUACCAUCACAUUAUUUAAAAUUAAUUCAAAAUGAUGCCGUAUUAGAAGUUAAAGUCAUCACGGGCACAAUUAGUGUUAACACUGAAUUUCUGGAUAAAAAUCAUAAUAUCAUACAAAGCAAAGAUCCAUUUCAAAUUCCAUAUAAAGCAUUGUAUAUUCGAUUAAAAACUGGAACAAUGACAAAUAAUAGGACGACGAUUAGUGAUAUCCAGUUAUAUAUUAUCAAACGAUUCUAG